AUGCCUCCCACUCAGGCAGAAAGUGUUAUAAAGAAUAUCAUACGAGAAAUAAGACAAGAAUGUGCAGCCCGUGGAGAGAUUGUUUCUGAAACCCUGGUUGCUUUUAUGGUGAAAGCUGUUGUCCUGGAUCCAAGUAAUGGCUUUAACGUGGAUAGAACACUCAUAAAAAGUGAUGUGCAGAAACUUGUUAAGCUUUGUGUGGCUCGGCUAUUGGAUAGUCAAAAUCCAUCCCUGGACACUAUUAAGAUGCAAGUCUACUUUGAUAUGAAUUACACAAGUCGAGAGGAAUUUCUUGAAGAACAUCACCGGGUCCUAGAGUCUAGAUUAGGCUCCGUUAGGAGAGAAAUUACAGAUAACAGAGCUUGUGCUAGAGAAGAAUUGGAAAGCCUCUACCGAAAGAUCGUCAGCUAUGUGUUACUACGCUCUGGGCUUGGAUCCCCUACAAACAUCAAGAUUGUCAGAGAGGCAACAGCUGCCCUACAGAGUGUGUUUCCUCAGGCUGAGCUUGGGACAUUUCUAACUCUUUCUAAGAAGGACAAAGAACGCCAGCUGAAAGAACUCACUAUGAUUGUUACUGGAAUUCGUUUAUUUAACAGAGACUGUGGAAAAGGAGGAGAAGGCAUUGAUGAUUUGCCAGCUAUUCUGCACGAAGCAAUCCCAGCCACCACUCAGCAUAUUGAUUCCCAACUUCAGAUUGCCCAGGACCAGGCAUACCGCUACACAGCCAUCCUUGAGAAGAUAACAAAGAACCCACUCAUGAGUUUAGAAUUUCAGCCGUAUAUGUUAAAAGAAGCACUGUAUAAUGUGCGACAAUAUGAGAUAUUCCUUCAGAUCAUUUUGUCAGAUAUAAUUACUUGUGCUCAGGAAGUGGAAGUGAUGAUAAAGCAGUUAGGAGCCCACCUGGAACAACUAAAAAUGACUGUAAAAUCAAAGACAGCUGUCCCAACAUCACAAGUCUUUCCUAUAUUCAUUGUGCUUUCCAGUCUGUGGACUAGCUUUCAGGAUGAAACUGUUUUGGUCAGUGUCCUCAGUAAUUUAACCACUCACCUUGAGCCGUUCUUGGGUAUUCAUGAACUACUCUUUCCUGAGAAAGUAAUGCAAAGUCUUCUUGAAGGAGUGACUGUGAAAACUGAUGUGUGUAGAAUGAAAGAACACAUGGAAGAUAGAGUACAUUUGGCGGAUUGCAGAAAACUAGAGUGGCUUUUCCCAGAAACAACAGCGAAUUUUGAUAAAUUGUUAAUUCAGUAUCGGGGAUUUUGUGCUUAUACAUUUGCUACAACAGAUGGACUUCUCCUUCCAGGAAAUCCAGCAAUUGGAAUUUUGAAAUAUAAAGAAAAGUAUUAUACUUUCAAUACCAGAGAUGCUGCAUAUUUAUUUGAAGAAAAUCCUGAAAAUUAUAUUGAUUUAAUUAGAGAAAAGGCCAAAAAAAAUGCAGAAUUAAUUCAGCUGCUUGAACUUCAUCAACAGUUUGAAACACUCAUUCCACAUUCUCAGAUGAGAGACAUUGACAAACAUUAUAUAAAACCAAUUACAAAGUGUGAAAGUAGCACUCAGACGGAUACACACAUAUUGCCACCAACAGUUGUGAGAUCAUAUGAGUGGAAUGAAUGGGAAUUAAGAAGAAAAGCUAUCAAAUUGGCCAAUUUGCGUCAGAAAGUUACUCACUCGGCUCAGACUGAUCUUAGUCACAUGAGAAGAGAAAAUUAUUCGCAGGUGUACCCUCCCAAGGAUGCCAGCACCCAGUCCCUGAGGGAAGGCAGCACUCGAGUGCCCAGGCCCCAGAUUUACAUAGCUGGUCUUCGUGGGGGACAAAGCAAAACCACCCAUGGGGUCAAGGUGAACUUAACUAGAGCCAUUGAUGAAAACUAG